AUGGACCUGAUGCCUGGCAAGAGUGACCUUCCACAGACGGAGGUAGGCAGCGGGAGCCGGGAGCCAUCCCCGAACCCCCGCACCGGAGCCCAGGACGGCCCAGUGGAGGAGGAGGAGGCCCAGCCAACGGCGGAGCCGCAGGGAGACAGAGGCCUUGAAUUUGAUGACUGGGAGGACCACUGCGACUAUCUGGCAGAGGAGCAGUUGAGUGGUGCAGGCUGUAGAGUUUCAGCAGCCCUUGGAGGAGACAACGUGUUUCUGAGAACCUCCAGAGUAAGAGAAGCAGCUCUGGAUGGCGGGUUUCAAAUGGGUCAUGAAAACACCUCUUUUGAUCAGUUGGCUUUUGUGGAAAAGCUUUUUUCACUUAUGGUUGGCAAUCGUUUGACCGAAGAACUCGGCUGUGAUUAG